CCAAAACUUUUUGAGAAAGGUACAUAUGAAAUUGAGUUUUUACUGGAGAAAGGAAGGGACUAGGGUUAUCGGAGCGACACGUCGGAGAAAAGACGUGGCGGUGAGUGGGAUGCACCUCUGGUAGUAGGACUCUGGCGUACACGUCAGCGAAGCAUUCCUGAACCAUUGUCGUGUCGUGUGUGUUCCUUAACGUUGCGUUGUAUUGUGUUGUCAUAUAUCAUCGUGAGUUUGGGUUUUUGUGUGUGUCUCUCCACCCCUGCUUGAUUCCCUAUUCGAUCGAAUUAGGGGUUUUCUUCUCAUUAAUUUUUCUCUUUGCACGUUCAAAUCCAAUCCAAUGUCUCUCCCUGACUCUCCUGUGCCCGAUGAUAUCGAGACCGAUCCAUCCGAAGAAGAGGAAGAAGUCGAAGAAGAAACAGAGGAGGAGGACGAAGCUGAAGAAGUGGAAGAGGAGGAGAUUGAGGAAGAAGUAGAGGAGGAAGAUUUUGAAGAAGAGGUAGAGGAGGAAGAGGUCGAGGAAGUAGAUGAGGAAGAAGUGGAUGAGGAAGUAGAGGAGGAAGUGGAAGAGACGGAGUUAGAAGAAGAGGAAGACGAAGAGGGAGAGGGAGAACAAGAAGUAGAGGAAGAAGAGAUAGAGGGAGAAGAAGAAGAAGAAGAAGAAGUAGAAGUUGAGGUAGAAGAAGAGGAAGAGGGAGAACAAGAAUUAGAAGAAGGGGAGGAAGAAGUCCAAGAGAAUGAAGGAGAAGAAGAGAAACAAGAACAAGAAGCACUGGAGGAUAAUAAAGAAGACCAACAACAGAAACAAAGAGAAGCAGUGGAGGAGAAGAAGGAAGAGCAACCACAACAACAAGAAGCAGCAGCGAAGGAGAAGAAGGAAGAGCAACGACAGCAACAAGAAGAAGCAGUGGAGGAGAAGAAGAAAGAGCAAGAACAGCAACAAGAAAAAGCUAUGGAGGAGAAGAAGAAAGAACAACAAUUGAAACAAGAAGCAAUAAAAGAGAAAGAGGGACAACAAAAAGAAGCAGUAAGGGAGGACAGAUUGGCGGUGACAGGUUCUCCAUCCGAUGCUGAUUUGAGCCUACAAAUGGAGUCUAAGGAACAAGACAAAAACUUGGGGCCAGAUUAUUCUGUGGCUGAAAACCCUGAAGUAAUUCCACCAUCUAGUGUGCAUUGCAUGGAAGAGACUGAUGCCAUGCUCAAAAUAUCUGUUCCUUCAUGUGAGAUACUGACAUUGAGAAAGGAAGAGCUUCACCUGAAAUAUGACAUUUCAAGUCAUUCGAAAUCUAGAGAAAAUCUGACUAAUGUUGAAAAUUGUAGAAGUCAAGGACUAGAAGUUGAUGUUGAAAAUGCUGGAUCCCUUCUACAGAAGGAAACACAGGGUGGAUACAGUGAGUUAGGUUGCAAUAGCAAGGCUAAUUUAUGUGAUGAUAAUGAUAUUGAUUCCAGGGUCAGGGCCACCAAGUCAUCUAGUGAUACUGGACAAGAUAUGGUCAAUUGCCUGCUUCCAAAAGAUUGUAUUGUUGAGGAUGCUAGUGGUGGUCAGAGUUCUAGGAACAAUAUCAAGCAGUUAGAGAGGGAGGAGUCAAGGGAUGAUAUGAAGCAAACACUGUCAAGCAGGACUAGAAGUAUGUCUCCCAGUGCUGAAAUUAAAAACACAAACAAACGACCAAAAAUUAUAUGUGAUUUUUUUGCUAAAGGAUGGUGUAUCAGAGGUAGUUCUUGUAGCUUUCUUCAUAUAAAAGAUACUGUGGAUAAGACAGAUCAGGAGGCUGAAGCUGACUUAGUUACUGCUCAUCAGAAGAGAAAAUUGAAAGUGGAAGAAGGUGUUAAGGACAAUGUUCAGAGAAUAAGGAUGAAUGACCAAGAACAAACUCCUAGUUGGCAUCCAUCUCAAGAAAAACAGAACUUUAUGCAGAGGGACAACUUGUUUCCAGAGAAUAGAUUUGCAUUUAGUUCAACAAGCAAUUAUUUCAACCUAAAUCAGGAUGGAAUGACUACUCUUCGGAACCAACAUAUAUACAAAGGACAUGCUUCCACUCUUUUGAACCAUUCACCAAAUUCAAGCCUGGUUACUCAAUUUCCAUCUUCAAGUAUGUCACUCUCUCACCGGAUUUCUUCUCAAUCAGAAUGCUCAUUGCCUUUUAAUUCAUCUUUGGGGGCUGGUACCCAAAAGAUUUUGAGCACUGAUAAAGAAUAUCUCACAUUUAAGUCCACUUUCUCUGGUUCAGGGCGGGAGGAUUUUCGUCUAGUUAGUUCUUCCAGCGUUCCAUCUUAUCCCACUAGAUAUAAAUCAAAAAUCUGUUCUUAUGAUUGGGAACCUUCUGUGCCCUUCCGGCCAUCCUUUUUUAUUACUCCCAUGAAUGUAUCAUCUCCUGGAGAUCUUUAUGAUCCUCUUCGCGAUAGCAUUGAGAUACCUAAUAUAGGGGAUGGGUCUUUGAAGGCUUCCCUUUUAAUUCAAGGAUCUAACGUACUGGCUUCAUCACAGGCUCCGAUUUAUGGUGAUUCUGCUGUGAUUGGGAAAUACACGUCCAGUGUUAAUGAUGACAAAAGUUCUGUAUCUUCUCAUAAUAAACUUUAUGAAAAUGAGCCAAACAAAAACUCUGUUCCUCAUGAAAAGAAUACUGAAACAGAGAUAACGUCAGGAACUUGUGUAAACUAUCAAAAUGGUAAAAUUGGCACAGGACAAAAUACCUUAGGUGUUGCAGAUAGUACAAAAAAGGAGAGAGAAAUGACUGAGCAUGAUGCUAGACGACAUGGUGAAGGAUCAGGGCACAAAACAAAGAGAGGAGACAGGGAUAAGAAAAAUCAUGAAAUAGAUGUUGACUUUCAGAUGGAUGGCAGCAUGCAGAAGGAACCAAAGGCACUAAAAAUGUUACGUGCAGCUCUUGUUGAUCAUGUAAAAGAGUUGUUAAAACCAGUUUGGCAUGAGGGUCGUCUUAGCAAGGAUGCACAUAUUAUGAUAGUCAGAAAAUCAGUUGACAAGGUUGUUAGCACCAUAGAGCCCCAUCAGAUUGCUACCAUAGAUACUGCCAAGCAAUAUGUUUCUUCAAGUCGGGCAAAAAUUGCAAAGCUGGUCAAUGGAUAUGUCAACAAAUAUGGCAAAUCUUGAUAUGCAAGCCAAAACACUUUUUUGUACAGUCCUGAUCAAUUGCCUGGUCGUAGUUCAUGAAAAGUUCUGUCUGAGGCUCUCUUUUUCAUAAAGAAGGUUGAUUUGGAAUUUUUUGGUUUUGAAUUUUCUUCAAAAUAUUUAUGCAUCUUUUUAUCCGUGCCUUCUCUUGUUUGUUCCAUUCUAGAGUAAACUUGCAUGAAUUGCAUGGUUUAUGAGGAUAUCUUAUUUUCCUUAAUUUACAUGAUUACAUUUAAUUGUUUAAUAGCAGUUGGUCUAAUUUUCAAGCAUUUCAAGAUCUUUAGCAGCAACUUGGAAAGACGGAUGGGAUGCUUUAUUUUUUUUUAUCGUUUUCAUGUCUGAAAUCUCGAAAUUAUUGUAAAUGUGUUGAUGUCCAGUACUUUAUAGUUCAGUGCUUUAAAUCCUAAAUGACGGUGGGUAUUGGCUGGCUCCAAAAAAGCUAUAGUAUGAUUACUCACGCGUGUACUACCAAAUAUCUUUUCUUCAUUAUAGUUAGAAUCCUCAAGCGUGUACUGGGUAUACAAUUACAAACAAUCCUUUGAAGAUGUUUUCAAAGUGGUACCAUCUUCCUUGACCUAUUUUGUGAAUGGUUUGUUGACUUUUUUCUCUAUAAGCAUUUGCCCUGACACAACACCCACUGCUACAUUUUUGCUAUAUGGUAGUUGUCGUGCUCUUUGAGAAUAUUUUCUUUUUGGUAGUCUUCAAGCUCUGAAAGUACAUUUGCUCUCCAAUAGUCAUCGUGCUCUCCGAGCAUUAUUUUCUCUUGAACAAAAGUUAUGUCCUUAAGCAUUCUUUGGUAGUAUUCCAAAACCUAUGACCCAGCCUCACAAUCAAGCUGCCCUUCUUUGUAACCACUAUGUUGCUUGACUCAUGGCCUACUGCCACCAUGUGCUCCUAAUUUCUUUGCAUGUUACACAUUUGCACCAAAUUGAUGCUUGGAACUUAGCUAGUUCCUAGAGAUUACAUUUUCACACACGCACACCAAAUCGAUGUGUGAAACUGUGUCAUUGUUUUGUCAGCUCUAGCAACCAACUAACUAAAAUGUUCAUGAAGUCUCAAGGAAUGUUGUGUUAACGACAUUUCUAAAAUGCUUGAGGAAGAGUGUUAAAGAUAUGAUUUGAUUGCAUCAAAUUGGGAAAUAUUUUAGCAAAUAUUUCCCUUUAUUAGUUAUUGAUUUUGUUCCUUGCUAUUGUAUCUCUUUUUCAUUAUAUAUAAGAGUUAAUGUAUGUACAAGAUGUACAAGUAUAAACAAUCUUUUGAUAUAGCAAUUAGAGUUGGCAGUUUCAACCCAAAAAGACCUUUUGGCCUCUUUGUUGUUGAAUAACUCACUUUGACUUUAGCAAGCAUUUCUUUGGUUUUAGCAAGCAUUUGAAUAAAACCAUUAAUGCCUUGCAUUGCUUUAGAAUUAAGACCCAUUCUUUGACUUUUGUACAAGAACUUGGGUUUAGAAAAUAGAUUGUUACAUGUAAUGGAUAGUAGAGUUGAACUUCUCAUCUUUUAUCUGUGAUUGCAAGAGUUCAAAUAAUUUCUUCUCGAUCUUCAUGCCCCUAGAAGCAUCACUAUUCUUCACAAACAUUAAUCUUUCUUAAGAAGGGGAGACUUUUAAGCCUAUCUCAACUGACUUGUAAGAGACUUUAAGCCUAUCUCAACUGACUUGUAAGAUGAAGUUUAUGUCUACUUAUAUAUUGUAAAUUCACUUUAUCUUUAGUCCAUGUGUGACACAUACAUCUUAAGCAUGAGACUAGACAUAUAUAAGUGGUUCGAUAGUGGUCUAAUAGCAGGUGACUUGUAGGAAUGACAAUGGGUCGGGUCAGGCACAAAUAGUGCCUAUUCGCUACCCGACCCACAACAAAUUAAUCAACUCGUUACCUGUCCUGUUACUCGUCAGAUACCAUUUUAAAAAAACCCACGAGUAUUUUAAAACCCGCGGAUAAUCCAUGGAUACUUGGAUAUUUAAAAUAAGAUAUUUUAUAAAUUUUUAAAAUAAAAUAUAAAUAAAAUUACCAAAAAAUAUAAAAUAUAAAUUAAAAUUUAAUUUUAAUUAAAAACCUAAUGAAUUAUAAAUUUGUUUUAAUUUUAUUAAAUUUAACUUAAUAAAAUAUAAAUUAAAUUUUUAUUUUAAUUUUUUGUGGGUAAUGGAUACCCACAAUACGAGUAGUAUGAUACUCACACUCAACCCAUUUAUAAAUGGGUAUUAAAAUAUAUGUUACCAGAGGGUAAUAAAUAAAUAAUCGCAGAUACCAACUAUUCGCUAUGGAUUUUAUUCCCAACUAGAUUACAAUCUGCAUCUAAAGGUUACAAGCUACUAUGAGUGUAGAGUUCCAAUUCCACUCCUUAUAGGUUUUAAAUAUAAGAAACGAUUAGUGAAGAGUGAUGAAGGAAAACUUGUAUUGAAUGGAUAUUGAAUUAUGAAAAAUUCAUUGAUAAAUAAAACUAAUAGAACCUUCAUAAAAAAUCCUUAGUAUAUUGUUCAAGGGAAUUGUUGGAGAUCCCACAUCGACUAGAAAUUAGAUGAAUUUAUAGUAUAGAAGUGAGUGCAAACCUUACCUUACAAGUUAUCUUAUAAGAUUAAGUUAAGCUUAAAGUCUACUUCUUAGAAUGGUAUUAAAGUCCACCAAAGUCUGUCCCAACUAUUCGUUGUCUUUAGAAUUAUUCAGUACUUAAAAGGUACUCUAGGGAAAGGGAUAUUUUUCAAGAGAAACAAGAGUCUAAGUAUCGAAUCAUAUAUGGAUGCAGACUAUGCUGGGUCAAUUGUGCACAGAAGAUCAACCAUAGGAUGCUGCACAUUUCUUGGUGGAAAUUUGGUGAGUUGGAAAAGCAAGAAACAAAAUGUAGUGGCUAGAUCAAGUGCUGAAGCAGAAUUUAGAGCCAUGGCCCAAGGAAUAUGUGAAAUUCUAUGGCUAAAGAUUAUAUGUUAGGAAUGGAGAGUUUACGAGUGAAGGAAUAAAACAUUAAAUGCCCAAUUGCCUUAACUGCCUUAGCAGUUAGGAAGAGCGGGGUUAUUGGUUGUAUAAAUAGCAAAUAAUCAAUUGUAGUGGGGGUCGAUUGUUUGAUUGUAGUCUAACAGGGUUUGUCAUCCUGAGGAGGGAGGUUAGGCUCUCUAGAGGGAGGUUAUGCUCCCAAACUCAGUCCUUGUAAAGAGAUUCGUUUACGGUGAAUAAUAGCAAAACUCAUUCUUUCAUUUCUGUUUCUAUCUUUUGAGUGUUUUCUUGUUAGGUUCCAAACCCAGGAACCUAACAUUAUAUUAGAUGAUUUGAAGAUAAGAUGGUAAAAACUUAUGAAGCUAUACUAUGACAGUAAAUCUGCCAUUAGUAUAGCUCAACAUGCAGAUAUUCUUCCCUUCUAAAUUUAACAUGGUAUCAGAGUCAUUGUUAGAGUCUAUCCUAGUGAGAUUUAUUGUUUGUUGGACAUAUUAUUUCACCCGCUAUCAGAUUCCUAUCGGACCAUCCAUUAAUGUCUAGUCUCACGUUCGAAUAUAUAUACCUCGGCGUAAGUGGGUAUGUUGGAAGUCUCACAUUAACUAGAGAUAGGGUCAAUUUAUAGUAUAUAAGUGGGUGCAAACCUCAUUUUACAAGCCGAUUUUGUAGGGUUGAGUUAGACUUAAGGUCCACUUCUUAACAUAAAUCCUUUGUGUAGUUUAGCAAGUUCUUAACAUUUCAAGAGACUAGAGUUUAGAAGCUUCAAUUUGUAAAAAAGGGUCUUUUAAAGUCCCAUUUGUUAAUAUUAACAUUCAUUUUUUUUUGCUUCAAGAAUUUGUGUUAUACUAAUCAUUGACUAUAGAGAAAAUUUUAAUAACUGCUAGUUUAAGUCCCCUAGCAACGUGAUGUGUUGCUUUUUUAUUCUCUUUAUCAUAGUUUUGUUGUUGAUUUCAGCUUCUUAUCUUUAUGGAUGGCAUAUUUUUGUUACCCUUGAACCAUGGAUUUUGCUAUUGUUAACAGAAAUUCUGAUAUCAGUAAGAUAAUAAUCUUAUUUUGCUUAAUCAUCAAUAUUUCUUUGUUCCAUCAUUUAAACCCAUGCCUUUGUGAACAUCAUUAUUUAACGUACCACUUCGGUCAAUAUUCUCUAUAGUUUGUGGCAUGUUCAAGGUUUUCCCAUCCCUUCUAUCUGCAAUGUUUUCUCUUGGUCAUUGGCAAGGUUGAUUUUUGUUAAAAGUACUUAGUUAUUUUAUUAGAUUUUAUGAGAAUAUGUCUAAUGUAGGCUACUUACUGUUGCAUUUAUAUUUGCAUAAGUGGGGUACAAUAAUGAGUUCUUGUACCGAUAUGUUACAUGUGUUGAAGUCUAAUUAAACAUGGGAUGUUUGUAUUAUGUGUACUUUUCAGGUUAGAAAUAUAUGCAUCCUUGCAACCCUUGAGGAAUUUGAUGAAGAUAUGAACUUUUCACUAAAUUGAGAGUCAAUUGUAAUUUCACUUCCAAGGUCUCAUUUUUCACUAAAUAACAAUUGAUUUCUCUAUAUUUAGUUCUCUAGCAAAAGAUUGGAUUAAAAGCAACACAUAGAGCCUUUGGAUAUUACAAAUCAAAUUCUUCAUUGGCAUGCCCAAACUUUAAUAGAUAAAGUUACGGGUGUUUGUGGGUUGGGUUGGUUAGCAUUUGAGUAAACCCAUUACCCAACCCACCAAAAUACUAUCAAUGUUGGGUUUCUGCAUUUUUUAUGUUAAAGCCAAUCCAAUCCAACCACUCAUGAGUGGCUUGGAUUGGGUUUGUCAAUUAGGUCAAGAUUUAAAUUUUUUUUUUUUUUUAAAGUAUCAACCUAAUUAAAAAAUAACACAAUCUUUACAAAAUUUAAUCCAAGACUUCAAGUAAAACAAUAAGUCUAAUCAUAACAAGUUUUGUCCAUACUAAUUUAAAACAUGAAAAGAAAA